CACUCGUUAUCGUGAGCACGUACACUUAAACGGCGAGAUGGCUGGGGCAGCCGCCGCUGCAAUUAGCAGAAACCAGAUAGAUAUGCCCCUAAGUAAGAUAGAUUCCAAAGAUCAUCCAAAAAAGAAGAAGAAUACUUGUGAAAAGCAGUGUCGAUUGGGAGACACACAUAUUACACGUUUAAGCUGUAAAAAGGAAAUGGAUAAAUACUGGAUAUUUUUGCGUGCUGUAGACGCAGCCAGAACAGAACAGGAGGAUUCACAGUCGCAGGACGCAGAGGCAGUCAGAUCAGGCUGAAUUCAGAGCGUAGAUGCAGCGCAUAGCUAGCUAGGAGGUGGGUAGAUCGCACUGCACUGUUACUGUUACACAGUGCAGCAAGCAAUGCAAGCGUGAGGCGAGCCAAUGGAUCCACAUUUUCUUGCUUUCCACAGUCCACAGAACCUGCUGGGGGAAACCUAAAAGCUAUCAUCUGCCUCAUCCAUAGCAAGGGGGCAGUCCAUAUUGCGCUAUUAUUGACGCUUUCAUCAGUUGAGGAAUUUGAGCUUAUAGGGAGAUCAUUCAGAAUCACAAACAGAGCGUAAUAAUUGGCUGUUUCUCUCUGCAAAAGCUUCCAUGGAGGAGGAUGGUGGUGGUGCAGAAAGCCGUAGGCUCAAUAUGUAUGCUUGCGCUUGCGCUGGCGUCGCUUCCAUCAUAUCUGUCAUAUUUGGCUACGACACUGGUGUUAUGAGCGGAGCCAUGAUCUUCAUAAAAGAUGAUCUCAAAAUCAACGAUACCCAAGUGCAAGUCCUCGCCGGAAUCUUAAACCUCUGCGCUCUGGUGGGGUCCCUCUGUGCCGGAAGAACCUCCGACUACUUUGGCCGGCGAUACACCAUAGUGCUGGCCUCCAUCAUCUUCUUCCUCGGCUCCGUGCUAAUGGGCUACGGCCCAACUUAUUCCAUUCUAAUGACGGGCCGCUGCACCGCCGGCAUCGGCGUAGGCUUUGCCCUCAUGAUCGCCCCGGUUUACUCCGCCGAGAUCUCCUCUGCCUCUUCCCGCGGCUUCCUGAGCUCUCUCCCGGAGCUCUGCAUCAGCAUCGGCAUCCUGCUCGGCUACAUCUCCAACUUCUUCUUCGCCAAGUUGACGCUCAAACUCGGUUGGAGAAUAAUGCUCGGAAUCGCCGCCGUUCCUUCUCUCGCCUUGGCCUUCGGCAUCCUCAAGAUGCCGGAGUCUCCACGGUGGCUCGUAAUGCAAGGGCGCCUCCGAGACGCCAACAACAUCCUUUUGCAAGUUUCCAAUUCCAAACAAGAGGCCGAAGCUCGAUUCCGGGAAAUCAAAGCUUCGGCUGGAAUCGACGAGAACUGCACCGACGACAUCAUCAAGCUCCCCGCUCCGGCGCGAGGCCAAGGCGUGUGGAAAGAGCUCCUUCUCCGGCCAUCGCCCCCGGUCCGCUGGAUGCUCAUCGCUGCGAUCGGCAUCCAUUUCUUUGAGCACGCCACCGGCAUCGAAGCCGUCGUCUUAUACGGUCCGAGAAUAUUCCGUAAAGCCGGAAUCACCGACAAGAACAAGCUCUUGCUCGCCACGGUCGGCGUUGGGAUCACCAAAACUUCCUGUAUAUGCGUCGCCUUAUUGUUUCUCGACAAAGUUGGACGAAGGAAGCUUCUUCUCACAAGCGUUGGGGGAGCGACUGUGGCCUUAGCGGGACUCGGAUUGGGCUUGACAGUGGCCGAACACACCCAUGGAAAGCCCAUCUGGGCACUGGUCUUCAGCAUCGUGGCAACUUACUUAUACGUGGCGUUCUUCAACCUGGGGCUCGCACCAGUGACAUGGGUUUACAGCUCAGAGAUUUUCCCGUCGAGAUUAAGAGCACAGGGACAUAGCAUUGGAGUUGCGGUGAACAGGAUGAUGAAUGCUGUGGUUUCCAUGAGCUUUAUAUCCAUCUACAAAGCCAUAACCAUAGGGGGAGCCUUCUUUAUGUUCGCCGGCGUCUCUGUGCUGGCCUGGCUGUUCUUCUUCUUCCUCUUGCCAGAGACCAAGGGAAGAACCUUGGAAGAAAUGGAAGAAAUUUUCAGCAGGCGGAGAAGACGCAGUGGUAAGGAUGCAAAGGAAAUUCAGACUAUGACUGGUAGAGGUGCCCUGCAAAUGCAAGAUAUAUCAGUGCAAAGACAAUGAGGAUUUCAGCUCCUUGAAAGCAGCUCAGGGAAGCGUUAGUGUAGAUUCAUUUGCCGUACGUUAAGACUUAAGAUUGCUACCUACUGUUUUUAAGGAGAUAGGCUAAUAUUUCCUAGUUGAUUAUGUCUCUAUGAUAAAUUAAGAAUUUUAAGAGGGUUGUUAUA